AAAACUAAAGUGUAGAGUGAAGUUUAAAUUUCUUUUUUUUAUUUUCGAAUUAAUUUUUUUUACUUCCGGAUUGCCAAUAAAAAAAAAAAAAAAAAAAAAAAGUUGAUUAGUGCUACAAAGUGAGUGAAAGAAUAACUGGAGAAUUUUUUGAAAAUUCAAAAGUGAAAAUUCGUCGAACCAUAAAAGGUGUCCCUGUACAUCAAAAGGAAAAUGUCAGAGUCACAAGACGUUCAAUCUACAGAAAGCAAAGAAAAUAGUGACUCUGAAUGUUCAAGACCAAGAAGCAUUGUGGACGACAAAAAGGAAUCUUCAUUCGAUGGAUACGAAACACCAAAAUCAGAGUGCACAACGACGUCAAAGAGCGACGAACCGGAAAAGAAUGUUGGCAACGUCGACACAAAUUUAGCGAAGCCCCCAACGAACUUAACAUCAGGGAUGAACGAUCAACAACAUCAACAAAUUCAUUCCGGUGAGUGUAAUUUACUGCCAGUACUUGUCGAACGUCUACGAUCAGCAUUGGAACUCUCCAGUCAAAGUAGCGAGGAUCAAUUACCAAUCGAGGAUUCAUCAGGUGUUGACUCCGAGGAAGAUCUUCGUAAUUGGGCAUUGGGCCUCAAUAAUUUCAUCGAUCAAAAUGAAACAACAAAUAAUUUAAAAUUGGAUCUCAAAUUUCUCGAGGAUCUUCUUUUAUCGGAUAUACAAACUGCUCUGGCUCGUCUCCAGGACACCUUGAAACGCGUCGACAUUGGCGUACUCACCAAAUACAAUUCCACUCUUGAUCCCACCAAUAAACUUCAUCUUUUGCGUCUUAUUUCAAAUCUUCUCGCUAAAUUAAAAAUUCCCGAGGACGCAAUUAAGCCAGAAAAUAAAGAAGAAAAAUCUCUUAUAUCGCGAAGAAAUCGUUCCGAAAGACAUACAAUUGGCGUCUCAAGUGAGGAACUUGCACAAGCUAGAAAAUGGUUCGAUGAACGAAAUCCACAAGGUGAAUUUGAUUUUAAAAAUCUAAUUAAAAAUGAAAAAUUGGAAAUUGAAGAAAAAUUCCCAACCAAUAAGAAAGUAAUAGAAAUUUCAAGUAAAAUUAUUGACAAUGAAGAUAAAAAUAAUUUAGAAAAACAAUUCAAUCAAGUACAUGAAAAAUAUAUGAAGGACGCUAUUAAUCAACAGCAGAGUUUACAAAAUAAAAACAGAGAGCCAAAGGAGGAUAAUUUCGAUAGAAUUCUUGAGAACGAUGAUAGUUACAGUGAUAAUAUUACAAUUCCAUUUUAUCAACAACCAAGUGCGCCUAAAUAUAAUAAAUUUCUCGCCAAAAAAUCCCGAUUAAAAAGAGCCAAUACAAUAGAUAUUCCAAAUUAUUUAAAAAUUCAAUCAGAUCAAAAUGGAUUGAGAAAACCCAUUGAUAUUAGUGACAAAAUACUUUCAAAUGGUGGAAAUGUUAUUCCUUCAUUUCAACCAAAAACCGAGAACGAUCGUAAAUUUCUUGCACUUAUCAAUAAAAAUAAUGAUAACGUAUCACCAAUGACAUCAGUUCCUUUCAAAAAUUUUAAUCAUCGUCAAAAUUCAAUAGCCGAUAAAAAUUGGACAAAUCGCUUUUCAAAUAUAAAAACUGCUUUUGAUAAACAAAAUAAUCAUGAAAUAGAUGAAAAAAUUGAUAACAAAAGAAAAUCAAUUGAUAAUAAUGAAUUUUCCCUUAAAUUAUCAUAUGGUCCAACAAAAAAAUCCAAUGGCUUUACACAUGCGCCAACUUCGCCAUUUCAAAAAAUUGAAAAAAUUUCCAAAAUCGAUCCACCUGCAUUUCUAAAACCUGGAUAUAAUCAUAAAAAUAAUUUACAAGCUAAAGUCAAAAUAUUUGAUCAAGAACAAAAUUCAAAAACACCACCACCACCACCAAGAACAAAAUUAAUAAAAACAAAUAUUUUUCACGACGAUAUUAAUAAUGAAAAUGGUCAUAUUAAUUAUCAAACAUUUUGUAAACAAUUUGCACCAAAAGGAUCAAAUCAUUUAAAUCAAACACGAUCAAAAUUUAUCAAUGACGAUAUCAAAAUUAUUACUAAAGAAUCAAUAAAAAAAUUACCAUUUGUCACACAUGAGAAUGGACCAUUUCAAAAAUCAAAACAAAAACUUUUGAAAAUGCAACAAAAUAAUGAAUCACAAAACUAUUAUCCAAAACAAUAUGAAAUUUAUCCUGUAAAUGUUAAUUCAUCGAUAGCAAAUAUUGGAUAUCGUUAUGAUCAUCAUUCAGAACAAAAGACACGAAAUUCAAAAAAUUUUGAAAAAAUCAAUGACAAACAAAAAUGUGCUAAAUUUUCCAAUGAAUCCGAUCACAGUUCAAUUGGUGUUCAAACUGGUGUCGAUAAUUAUCAGGAUAAAAAUAGAUUUUUAAAUUUAGAAACAAGAAAAAAAUCCAACAAUGCCUCGGUACAAACAUCAGAGCUUUGUAAUAUUAAUAAAAAUUUUGACUAUCAAAAUUCAUUCGCAAAUUGUGAAAUAAAAAAUAAAUUUGAAGAUUUUAAACCUUUAGCAACAGAACUUGAUAAUACAAAUUCUUCAAAAAUAACAAAAGAAAAUUCACGAAUUCCUCCCUAUAUUGGACUAUUAGAAAUUUCACGGCCUUAUGAACAAACUGGUCCACCAGUUCCAGAGCGUUCUAAUUACAAUAAUGUCCUUCUUAGAAAUUAUAAAUCCGAUCAAAUUAGAUCAAAAAGUUCCUAUUAUGACUACGAAGAAAAUCCAACCUACGUCCCAUCAAUUUCAAUUCGAAGAAAUUCCCUCGACAAAAAUGAAUUUCCAAAUUCUCAACAUAUACAAAAUCAGGAUAUUAGUCCCAAUGGUGUUGUAACAAGAUAUGCCUCAGCAAUAGCAACCGUUGCCUCAUUACCUGAAUCCAAAAAAAUCCCCCCGACAAAUAUUGACGAAAUUCAAAGACACAAUCAACUUCAACAAAAUUUAAGUCAAAGAAUAAAAGAGAACAAAAGUCCUCAAGAAAUUCAAAAAUCACAAGAUAUUUAUCGAAAUUCAAAAAUUUAUGAAAAUAAUUAUCAAAUUGAAAAUCCUUCAUUUCUCUAUGGCAAUAAAGCAACGCUACGUCAUAAUUCCGAUACUGAUACUAGACGAACACAGGAGAAAAUAACAAUGUUCGAAGAAAUUAAUCAGCCACCGGUGAAAAGGCAUUUUAGACCUCUUAAUGUACCACGAACUGAUUUAAAUCCACCAAAAAUAAAUAUUGUCAAUCCAUCAAAAGUAAUACAACCAAAAUUCAAAAAUGAACGCUCACCAAUUUUAAGUAGCGUCAGUCCAAUAGAUUCAAGUGACGAAUAUCUUAUGUCAUGUGCAAAUAAACCAUCGAGAAAUAUUGUUCUAACAAAAUCUGAAUCAUGGCAUCAGCUUGCAUUAUCAAAAAAUACACUUCAAGUACCACAACAAUCAAUUUCAAUACUAAAACCACCAAAACCAAAAUCACCAUCAUCAUUGAAAUUGACAAAACAAUAUGAAGCCUCAUCAUCAUCUGAUAAUAUUAAAAAAAUGGAAGAAAAAAUACAAAGAUAUUUUCAUGGUAAUAUUACUUCAAAUGAAGGGAAAAAAGAAAAAAAGAAAACAAUGAGAAAAAAUUCAAACGCCCUAAUGAGAAGUCACACGAUGCCACAUAUUUAUGAUGAUAAAAUUUUUGAUGAAAGCACCGAUGUUGAAAAGGCGUUUGAUUCAUUAUUUAAAGAAACAACUUGUACUGACAAUCGUUAUUAAAUGCGUGCGUGUGUGUAUGUGUGCGAUUCAUUAAUUAUUCGCUCUCAUCAAAAAAUUGUAACAAUUUUUCUUUAAAAAACUAAAUUAGUGCCUCUAAAAAAUUAACGAAAAAAAAACAAAAAAAAAAAAAACAAAA